AUGGGUGUACAAUAUGCUGAUGAUGUUGAAGAUGAUGAAGGUGUACCAGCGUUUCGACUAUCUUGCUUUUUACAUAGUCUUCGACUUUGUGUACGUGAUGGUAUGCAGAAUGCAUCGUACACAUCCAAGGUAUUGAACAAGUGCCGCAUUCUUUCCAAAUUUUCGCAUAAGUCGAGUAAAAUGGCAGAUGCACUUGAUCAAUUAAAUAAAAGCAUCAGCAAAACAAAUGUUACAAGAUGGAAUAAUUCAAUUAAAUUUUCAAAUAAUGAUUUUAUGAUACUACAAGAAAUAAUUGAUAUUUUAGAACCAUUCUAUGAUAUAUCCAUCAAGUGUCAAUCAGAAAAAAUUGUUACAGCUAGUCUUGUAGUUCCAGCUGUUGUUCAUUUAAUGGUUCAUUUACGUGACUUAAAAGAGCAUGUUGUAUUUGGUACUAAACUUGUUCAACAACUUCAAUUAUCCAUCGAAAAACGUUUUGCUGGUAUUUUUAAUCGAAUAAAUCAAUUGAAUAUUGGAGAAAAUGAUCCAUUUAAUGAUCCUGUUUAUUUUAUUGCAACAGUUCUUGAUCUAUCCUUCAAGUUCUUUUGGCUUCGUGAUUUAAAAUUACCUGCUAAUGCAGAAAAUCGACUAAAACAAGAUGUUAUUCAAUUAAUACUUGACGAAAUGAAUAAAGAUUUAAAAUUUUCAUCAACAAAAUUAUUUGAUAAAAGUACUUAUUCAACAUCGAAGCCAAAAAAGAGAAAAUUUUUUUCUUAUGAUGAUGUUUAUCGUGGUUAUUCAAAUGAUCCAAUGGUAUUGAAUCCUGUUACUGAAUUAGAAGCAUAUUUAAACGAUCCAAUUAGAUUCAACUUUUCUGAAUACUGGUGUCGCUCUGAACUGAAUCAAUUGAAAAAACUAGUAGUACGUGUUGGUUCUGUUCAAGCUUCAUUUGCUCCUGUGGAGCGUAUUUUCUCAUGUGCUGGUCUUAUUUUGUCUUCACGACGCACCAGAUUAACUGAACAAUUAUUUAAAGAUUUAGUAUUUUUGAAAGCUAAUCAAGCAUUAUUGUGA